AUGGCUGGAGCUUUCAUCGGUGCUAUCGUAGAACUGGCACUGUCCAAGGCUAUCUCCAUCAUUGAGAAGCAGAUCAACCUCGCAUGGGGUUUUCAGGACGAGCUAAACAAGCUACGCGCCUCACUAGAUAUGGCUUUAGCUUUCUUGCGAGAUGCCGAAAGGAGGCAAGUUGAUAUCUCAAAAGUUGAACCACAAAUGGCUGGAGCUUUCAUCGGUGCUAUCGUAGAACUGGCACGGUCCAAGGCUAUCUCCAUCAUUGAGGAGCAGAUCAACCUCGCAUGGGGUUUUCAGGACGAGCUGAGCAAGCUACGCGCCUCACUAGAUAUGGCUCUAGCUUUCUUGCGAGAUGCCGAGAGGAGUCAAGUUGAUGGGCUUGUCAAAGUUUGGUUGAGGCAGCUUGAAGAUAUUGCUUACGAAGCGGAUGAUGUGUUGGAUGAGCUUGAUUAUGAAGAUCUUCGAAGUAAGGUGGACACAAGAAAGAGAAGAAAGGUCAGCAACAUCUUUUCCUUCUUCAAAAAUCCCAUGGCUGAAAAGGUUAAGAAAAUUAACCUACGUAUGGAUGAAAUUAAUGAUCGGGCCUUCAAACUUGGACUCCAACAUGGAGUUCAAAAUGUGCCUCCCAUAUUUAGUGGAGUAGGAAGCACCAACUCCUUCGUUGACUCAUCACGAGUUGUUGGGAGGGAAGCUGAUAUCUCAAACAUAGUUGAUCUAUUGAUUGGCUCAACCACUCAACAAACUUUCUCAUUAGUAUCCAUAGUAGGCAUGGCGGGCUUGGGGAAAACUACUUUAGCACAGUCCGUAUGCAAAAAUGAGAAAGUAAAGAAUUGUUUCAAUAAAAUAGUGUGGGUGUGUGUGGCUGAAAAUUUUGAUGUCCGAAGGAUUUUACAGGAGAUGUAUGAAUCUCUUACUAAGAAACCUUGUGGCAUGAAAAAUGAGGAUGCUGUACUUCAGGAAAUACAAGAAGAGUUGAAAGGGAAAACCUAUCUUCUCGUUCUUGAUGAUGUGUGGGAUGAGAAUUUUAAAAACUGGGAGGACUUAAGGGGUAGAUUGCUGGGAAUAAAUGGAAAUAAACAAAGUAGGAGUAGCAUUCUUGUCACAACUCGUGUCGAAAAUGUUGCAGUGGUAAGGGAAACACCUCAAGGAAAUAGGUAUUUUCUUGAGUCACUAAAAGAUGAUGAGUGCUGGGCUAUAAUAGAAAAAAGAGCAUUCCAAAACUCUUUAAUAUCUCCAGAAUUGGAAGAUAUCGGGAGGGUUAUUGCUAAAAAAUGUAGAGGUGUCCCAUUGGCGGCAAAUGUUAUAGGGGGAACAAUGUGCAACAAUCAAAAUAAAGAUGAGUGGGUGAAAAUCAGAGAUAGUCCUCAUUGGGGUUCUCUAGAAAAUGAUAAAGCGAUUUUAGAUGUUUUGAAAUUAAGUUUUGAUCGCUUGUCUUCCCCAUCUUUAAAGCAAUGUUUUGCUUAUUGUUCUAUUUUUCCUAAAGAUUUCCGCAUCCAAAAGGAGCAAUUGAUCCAGCUUUGGAUGGCGGAAGGCUUUCUUCAACAAAGUUCCCAGCUGGCAUUUGAGGAAACUGGUAAUGAGUACUUCAAUCACUUGUUAUCAAAGUCCUUAUUGCAAGACGUGGAGAUUGAUGGAUAUGGGUGCAUUACAACAUGCAAGAUGCAUGAUUUAGUUCAUGAUCUUGCACAAUCCAUUUCAAAUGCACAAACCAAUUCCACUCAUUAUAAUUCUCAUGAAAAUGUCCAUGAUAUUGGUGUGAGACUGUGUCGUUCCUUGUUCUUGAAAACUAAUGCUUCCCACAUUGAAUGGAAAUUCGAAGGCUUACGGGUUCUUAAUUUUCGUGAUGCUGACAUUGACUCCUUGCCAGAUUCGAUUGGUAGACUAAUACAUUUGAGAUAUUUAGAUAUCUCAAGAACUCGCAUAAGCAGACUACCUGAAGCCAUUACCCAGCUCUACCAUUUGCAGACAUUAAGAUUGCUGACUGACAUACCACAUCGUUUUAAUCCUCGGCUUGAAAAACUUCCUGAAGGAAUGAAAAAUUUAGUUAGCUUGAGGCAUUUAUAUAUCGAUCAUCGAAGUCAUGUUCCUGUUGAGAUUGGAUGUCUAACUAGUCUUCGUACUUUGCCAGUAUUUGAUGUCGGCACAGAAAGUGGACUUGGAAUUGGAGAAUUGGGAUGUUUAAGUAAACUUGGAGGAACAUUGGAGAUAUUAAAUCUCCGGAAUGUUAGAAACAAAGAAGAAGCAAGGGGAGCAAAGCUAUGGGAGAAGGAGAAAUUACUCAAGUUAGAAUACCAAUGGAACUGGGAAAGGGAAGGUUGCAGUAGCUUUGAGGAAGUAUUGGAAGGGUUUGAAGGUUGCAAUAACGAUAAGGAAGUAUUGGAAGCGUUGGAACCUCACUCGAAUUUGAAAAGCUUAACUAUUGAGGCUUAUAAAGGAGGGCAUUUCCCGUCAUGGUUGGUAAGGAGUAUUAGUGGUUCAAGUGCUUCUUUUCAACCCAUCAAUUUGGAGGACUUGACACUAUUCGAGUGUUGGAAUGUAGAGAACCUUCCAAUUCUUGGGCAAUAUCCCAAACUCAAACGUCUUACAAUGGGAAAUUUAUAUAAUUUGAGGAGCAUAGAAUGCUCAGAAGUGGAGCCAACAUUUCCUUCUCUAAAAGAGUUGAAAAUUGGCUUAUGUAAUAAGCUAAGCAGCGUUCCAAUAAUGAGUAGAUUUUCUUCUCUUGAGGAACUUGAUAUCAAUGGUUGCGGGGAGUUAAGUUGGACCGGUGAUACACUAUUUCCCUCUACUCUCAAAAAGUUGUCAAUAUGCUGGUGUUCAAACUUAAGGUUCAUUCCAAGUGUUGAGGGUGGUAUCUCUUCUCUUCAAGAGCUUGUCGUGGCGGAAUGUGACAAAUUAUGUAAAAUAGAAGAGGGACUAGCCUCCACAUGUCUAAAACAUGUAUGCAUUAGUGGAUGCAAGGGAUUAACAAGUCUACCAACUGGAUUGCUUGCCUGUACUUCUCUUGAGUAUUUGUCCUUGGGCAAUUGCACAAAUCUGGAGUCAAUUCCAGGAGAGAGCAUUGACUGCCUUACCCGUUUGAAGGAAUUGGAAUUGGGUCCCUUCUCAGAAGAGCUUGAGGAAUUUCCACUUCUCAAUUCCAUCCACAGCGUCCGUUCUUCCCUUCAACACUUGAGUUUGAAUGGAUGGGAAAAACUAAGCUCUCUGCCGCAUCAACUUCAACACUUCACCGCACUUGAGAGAUUAUACAUUUCGAACUUCAAUGGAGUGAUAGCUUUGCCAGAGUGGUUGGGAAACCUCUCCUCUCUUCGACUAUUAUUCAUUUGGCAUUGCGUGAAUCUAAGGCGUCUGCCCUCUAAGGAAGCCAUGCAACGCCUCUCCAAUUUACAGGAGCUUUCUAUCUAUAUUUGUCCGCGAUUAAACAAAAUGGCCGAGCUGUCCAAGAUCUCCAACAUUCCAAAAACCUACGUUAAUUGA